CUUCUACUUGUAUGAAGCAUUGAGCGUCAUAGAACACAGCUGUCCGAGAGUCGUGCGGGUUUGAAAAGGUGGGAGAUCAAAUGAAACUGCUGCACAACUGCUGGUCUGAACUUCUGGUCCUGGAUCACAUUUUCAGACAAGUGCAACAUGGGAAGGGAGACAGUAUCCUGCUGGUGACCGGCCAAGAGGUUGAGAUGUCUUCUAUUUUGUCUCAAGGCGAGGCGAUGCUUACAAGUUUGGUGCAAAGAGGACAGGAGCUGGCGGGAAGGUUGCGGGUCCUGCAAGUGGACCGCAGGGAGAUUGCCUGUCUGAAAUUCCUCCUCCUAUUCAACCCCAAUGUGAAGCUGCUGGAAAACCAGGCGUUUGUGGAGGGCGUGCAGGAGCAGGUGAAUGGGGCCCUGCUGGAGUACACCAUGGCCGCCUACCCUCAGUACCAGGAGAAGUUCAGCCAGCUGCUGGUCCGACUGCCCGAGCUGCGCUCGCUCAGCAUGCAGGCGGAGGACUACUUGUGCUACAUGCACCUGAGCGGCGAGGUGCCCUGCAACAACCUGCUCAUCGAGAUGCUACACGCCAAGCGGGCCUGUGUGUAA